UUGUAAAUAGCCACUUUCAUGUCGGCAACGAUAUCUUUGAUUAAAAAAAAAAAAGGAUCGUCCAAGCUUACUCAGCAGAAUCCACCGCAGCUGUUGUUGAAAUGUGGCUGACUUCCAGAUCACUUGGUGCCUGGGCAUCGAUGUGACUGAAGGGCUUAGCUGAUUCUUUUCCGUGCUGCACACAGCCAGUAGGUGUCCACCGGCAACAGCGACAAUUGCAACAGGAGCCACAACGCUGAAGGUCCCCUCCAGAAUGUCCUCCCUCAUGGAGAUGAAGGAAAUCUUCCAAAACGCGGACGCCGUUUGCUUUGACGUGGACAGCACGGUCAUCCGAGAGGAAGGCAUCGACGAGUUGGCCAAAUUCUGUGGCGUUGGAGACGCAGUGGCGGAAAUGACGCGCAGAGCUAUGGGCGGUUCAGUAACGUUCAAGGCAGCUUUAACGGCACGGCUGGGCCUCAUCCGCCCAUCCUACGAGCAGGUGCAGAAGCUAAUAUCAGAGCAUCCACCUCAGUUAACUCCAGGAAUAAGGGAACUGGUCAGCCGACUCCAUCAGCGAGGCGUCCAGGUCUUCCUAGUCUCUGGAGGGUUCCAGAGCAUCGUCGAUCAUGUUGCUAUGCAGCUGAACAUCCCAACAGCCAAUGUAUAUGCCAAUCGAUUGAAGUUCUACUUUAAUGGGGAAUAUGCAGGCUUUGAUGAGACGCAGCCGACAGCCGAGUCGGGCGGCAAAGGAAAAGUAAUCAGCUACCUCAAGGAGCAGUUUCAGUUUAAGAAGGUGGUCAUGAUUGGAGAUGGAGCGACAGACAUGGAAGCCUGCCCCCCUGCGGACUGUUUCAUUGGAUUUGGAGGCAACGUAGUGCGGAAACAAGUAAAAGAAAAGGCCAAAUGGUACAUCACUCACUUCGAUGAGCUGCUGAAAGAACUGGAGGAGCGAUAAAUUAUAGCAAA